GUUCUGGUCAAAUACGUAUGUCUCAGGAAGAGGUGGUCAAGCUACAAGAGGGUAUUGAGAUUCAGCAGAUGAGAAAUUCAUACAAUAGCAGCAUGAGUAUGAAAAUUUUGCGGAAAACAGGGAAGUCUAUAGAUUUGAGCAGUGUCAUCCUGUCGAUCUAUUAUUUCGUUGCUGCUGAUCAUACUGACUACAAGGCAAGAACUGCAAGUGUUGCUGUGAAGUUGAACAGUGGUGCUCUCAGCCCACUAUCUUGUAUCAACAUUCGAUAUCUUGGACAGGAUAACAAUCCACAGCCAAUACGUUUGCCAGAAACAAGAGCUAUUUUCUUGGAACGAUCUCAGGAACCGCUGUUGGUUACUCAUGGUUUACUCUCUUUGAGUGAUGGGAAUAAUUUACAUCUUGAUUUUCAAUGGGCCACAGUGUCGUUGUCACAAUUGAAGGAAAGGUACUUGCAAGAAGAGCUUGCUGUAAAGUUAUCCUGCGACGAAGUGGAUGUGGUGUUCAAUCCUGAUUCGUUGGUGCUGUAUUUGAAUGGGUCGGCAUCUAGUAGUGUGUAUGAAGAACUGUUGAAUAGUGUAACUUACAUCAACAGAGCUACGAAGCUAGUUGGGCUUAAUCUGCGUCCUGUCUUGUUUCGUAUCUCAGAUGGGAAUCACGUGACUAAGGCCGUUGUUUAUAUCGAACUACAGAGUGUUGUUGAACCACCGACAAUAUAUGUGCAAGGCAGUUCUGGUAUGUCAUUCAAUGAAGGCAGCCUUGCAGCAGAACUCAGUGGAAGGGUUGUGGUCAUUUACCCAGAUGGAGAUACCAUUGAUAGUGCAAGUCUUGAACUCCAAGAUGCAGAGUACGGUGACACAAUAUCUGUAGAUUUUGAUGUCCUUUCAACUAUCAAAGUAAUUCGUUUGUCACCCAGCCAGUUGAAACUAGAUGGUAUGGCAGAUAGAAGCACGUACGGCAGUCUCAUCUCAUCAGUGACUUUCUACAAUCCGACUGCAAAUCUUACAAGAAGACCUCGGGUGCUGACUAUAAUUGUAAGAAGUGGAAACCUGACCAGUGAACCUGCCUUCAUUACAGUCACUGUCGAGACAGAGAACAGUCCUCCUGUGCUGCUAUUUGAAGGCUUGUCUGGAAAGCAACACUGGAAUGUUGUAGCCGAGACUCAUGGUGAGCCACUAAAAGUAUUUCCCACAAGCACACAGUUUAAGGAUGACGACAGCCGCACUGCAUCAGGCCUGAAGCUCUUGAUGACUGGAGCUAAAGAUUGGUUAGCCGAGGAGCUUAGCUUUGACAAGGAUAUGGCUACUGAGUUUGGAUUGGAAUGGACAAGCUCGUGGUUAAAUGAGAUGACGUAUGAGUUACAAGUGACUGGACACAGUUACUUUGAGGUCUACCUGCAGGUGCUGCUGUCUGUCGUUUAUGUUCAUAAUGGUGCCAUGCCAAAGGGUGGUGAACGUACAGUGACUGUGAUUGGUAUGGAUGGAGAAGGGGCAGGGAGUGUACCAGCCACUGUUCAAAUUUCUAUACAGACCGUUAAUCAGCCUCCACUAUUAAACAUGGGAGCUGGGUUUGGUGUAGACGACAGCAUUAGAUUUGUAAGAGGUGGCGAGGCAACUGUGAGAAUCAGCAGUCGACCAGACAGAAUUGAUAUUGUGGAUCAAGAUUCGAGUCAAAUUGCCAACUUGACCAUUCAACUAAGAUCUGGUAACAACCAAAACCUAGACUUGGACGAGUAUGUGUUUGUGACUGGUUCUGUUCCAGAUGGAUUGACAGUGUCACAAUCAACUGAUGGGAAAUCACUGAACUUCACUGGUUUUGCAGAUAAAGGGGCAUAUAUGAAUGUCCUUCAAAUGAUAUGGUAUGCAAACACAGCUAAUGAGCCGACGUUGACAGCAUCCGAUGGUUCACAGUUUGAGCGUUGGAUUGUCAUUGUCGUGUGCGAUACGGGCACUGAGAGUGGCUCUGAUGUGGCUUGUUCUGUUGCACACGUGAUGAUUUACGUUGUGGUGCAUGAUUCACAGUGCACUGUACAGCAAGGCUCUAAUCGAUACACAGAAGUGGGAAAACAAGAGCUGUCACAACCUCACUGUCACGAGCCAGAAACUCCAUGGGAUGGAAUGCAAAUACAAGCUCCUAUGGUUGUGUCUGUUGAUGCAUUUGGUGAGUCAAACAACACAUUUGGUUUGGGAGCGUCUAUCACAGUGAAGUUUUCCCACGAUGUCAACAAGCCGCCGGUUUUGAUGAGGUCGGAUCUCCAACGUGUGCUGUCAUUAGAGCCAAAGGAGAUCGCUAUGUCAGGACACGUUGGACUUUGGAAAGACAACAAAACUCUUGUUAUCAUAUUUCCUCGUGUCGAGAAGAGGGAGGGCUCACCUAUCAAUGUUGACGAACUCCGAAUUUUAUUUAAACCACCUAACGGUGCUUGCCGCACUGCUGGUAGCUGCAAACAUGCCAUUUGUCAUGCUGAGCGAAGAUCUUGUCCUGUUACUGGUAUUUUCGGUGUCGGUGAGUACAUUUUGGUUGAGGACUCACAGGUCAGCCUGUACUGGUUUACUCUCCUCAUUGCUGGUAUCUGUGGAUGCCUGAGUGUCAUCGCAUUGUACUCUGUAGUAAUGUUAGCGAGGGUAAGAUGCAAGAGCAAGUCGUGCUUGUAUGUUUUUUCUCUCUUUCUGGUCGGUUUUCUUUGUAUUAUUACCCUAUUUGCUGUGGCGAUGCUGACUUGGAUUUGAGAUGGAAACAGAUUUUUAGAAAUAUGAAACUUGCAGGAAUAUGUCACUGUUGUAGGUAUAUUAACAGGAUGAUACUAUUUGGCUGUUAGCUAUAAUUUACCUUUUUGCAAUGUGC